CCAUAAAAUGGCGUUGCCCAGGGUGCUGUGUCGCGCUCGUCUGCUUUUAAAUAACGAUAUUUUCGUGGUUUCAAAAUAUUUUUCAAUAGUGAAUACUGUUUCAAUAAAUAAAACGGUGUACGUGCGAACUGUGCGAGAUUUCAGGACACAUUAUUCGGCAAGUGAAGUGUUAAAUUCGAACAAAAAACCGGAAUUAGAACAAUCGAGUUCGUCUUCUUCAUCAUCGUCUUCCUCGGAUAGUGAUAUAGACAGUGACUCCGAAUCUGAAGACGGACCACUAUUUCAGGACGCGAAAAUUCCUGAAAAUUUUCCAUUAACUGAUAAAGACGUAACAGUGGAAUACCACAAAGGACUGCCUCAAAUUACAGUGCCCUUGCCGAGUCGAAAAGAAAGAUGUAAAUUCACACUAAAACCGAUUACUAAUACCGUAGGGGACUUUUUAGAAAUGUUAAAACGAGAAGAUAAAGGAAUCGACAGGGUGGUGUGUAAAUGUCGCGACGGUACUCGAAUAGCGUCUUCCAAUACUAUAGAAACUUUAUUAGAUGAUGAUUUCAAAUUAGUGAUUAACGACUGUUCCUAUAAUGUUAUUUCUCCGAAACACGAGAGAGUUACAGGAGAAGAAAUACAAAGACUUAAUGACAUCAAAAAUUUAGUUAGCCAAUUGUACGAAGCAAUGCAUGUCGAAGAACAUCAGAUCUCCAAGGAAAAAGAACUGGUGACUCAACUGGAGACAAUCAAAAAAGAAUUAUUACCACUAGAACAGUUAAAAAAUGAUAUUGAAUUAGUUGCCUAUCGGAAAGGUAAUUGGCUGGCGUGGGCGGGAUUAGGAUUGAUGUCAGUCCAAUUUGGUAUCUUGGCCAGGUUAACCUGGUGGGAAUACUCAUGGGAUAUUAUGGAACCUGUUACAUACUUUGUUACCUAUGGUACUGCUAUGGCGUGUUAUGCCUAUUUUGUUCUCACUAAAGAGGAAUACAUUUUACAAGAUGUCAGGAACAGACAGCAUUUGAUGGUAAUUCAUAAAAAAUCUAAACAAAUAGGUUUAGACAUUACGCAAUACAACAUGCUUAAACAAGAAGCUGCUAGAAUAGAAUACACAUUGAAGAAACUAAGGAAUCCCUUGAAAUUGAAGUUGCCCCCUAAACAGACGUCCUCCCAAUUAGCUUCAACCGGAACAGGCAAUGUUACGGUAACUUUAGUCAACGAUCCCACAACCCAACCCAAAGUUGUUUUAGAUCCCAGUGUUAAACCUUUAGUUUCUAAAGAUAUAAAACCCACAGAAGAUUCGAAGACUACUAAUGAAGAUUCAUCGAAAUGUGUUGUGCAAAAUGAACCCAAAAAAUGAUGAAUACCUUUGAUAAGGAGGAAUGUUGGUUUUUUUGCUCUCAAUUCGUUAUUAUUAUGUUAUUUAUUGAUUUGUAGAUUUAAAAUUAUGAAGAACAGAUCUCCGUUAAGCAAAAGAAACCAAUAAAUAUUAAUUUGUAUCUAAUGUCUCGAGAAACAUUUUUUUUAUUUAUUUACUAGUUCAAAUUCGAGUCAUUUCUCACAUAUAAUUUUUUAGACAUUGCAUUUCGCCAUCCCCUCAACUUUUUCCAUCCAUUUUUCUGUACCUGGCUAGUGACUUUUGCAAGAAUCGGGAAAAAAAUUAUAAAACUACUCUAGUACAAAAGUGAACACUUAAUAUUUUCAAAUAUUAUUUUGAAAGAAUAAUUGACAAAUUGGAAACGUUAUAUAUCAUGCUAUAAAGGGUUCAAAUCGCCCAAAAGGUACUUAUAUUGUUCAAAGUUUGUCUUGGUUAUUGCAAACAUAUCAAAUAUCAAAACAAGACUAGGAAACUUGAUUGGAUCACGAUUCAUUAUUGAUACUUGAAAGAUCUAUUGUGCUCUCUCCUUCACUAAAUUUCCAAGAGCUGUCCCAAACUAUUAUUUUCUUCCUGAUCUUUAAGCAAAUGCUAGAAUGUCUAAAGGCUUCAAUUUAGGAAGAUCCUCAUGUUUUAUGCAGUGUUCUUUGAAUUAUGAAGUCCUGAGAUCGUGUAGUGUCUAGCAAUUAGCAAGUAUUUGGAUAGAUGUUGCCUUUGUAUAUCACUGAAGGAAUUUCUUGAGGUAUCCAAUAGAUUUUUACCAUCUGUUCUGACCUUAGUUUCCUAAUGUGUUUUCGCUUGUCUUAAGCGUACUGUAUUGUUGCAAUAUUGUAUCUUUGAUUGAUUCCACAAAACUGCUCUGGUUCCCAGUUUAUUCAGGUAUCCAACAAAUUCUUCUAAACUCUUCUGACCUUAGUUUCCUAUUAGUGUUUUCACUUGUCUUAACCCUACAGCGUUGUUGCAAUAUUGUAUCUUUGAUGAUUACAAAAAACUGCUUUGGUCCUCAAAUUCUUGAGGUAUCCAAUGAACUAUUCCAAACUCUUCUGAUCUUAGUUUCCUAUUAGUGUUUUUUCUUGUCUUAACCGUACUGUGUUGCCAUAUUGUAUCUUUGACGAUUCCACAAAACUGCUCUGGUCCCUUGGGAUGUUUGUGCUCCUUUCUGUGUUAGUUUAUCAACUAUCCCCUUUUUUUCGACUCCAGUACCCAAAAUAGGGCAACUUUGUGACUAGAAAAUUUCUUAUAAUAAAGUUUUUUAAUGUGAUUCAUACAAGACAAACAAUGUUUUUCAUUACAGAAUGAAUAUACUAUACAUCCCAAGCGAGAUUAAGCCAUACCAGCGAAUUUCCUACAUAUUUUAUUUUUACUGCUACACUAGCACUCAAUGUUAGACGCACGUUCGCUAACUAAGUUAUCGUCUUCAUAGAGAGAGCUUGGUUAUCGAAACGCGCGUCAUACAAUUAAAUUCUGAUUGUUGGUGAAGUGGUAACAGUGAAUAUAAGUUGGAAUAUUAACAACGCUUACUCUCAACUUAGUAUACGUUUUAUUUUGCUCAGUGAAAUAUUUUUUUUAAUUAGUUUCUCAAGAAACCUUCGACUUGUUCUUAUAGCAUUGUAAUGUAUAAUUUACCCUCAUUUUGCGACCCCAAUUGCUUUUUUUUGUGUUUCAUUUUGGGACUUUCUGCAAGUAUCGAGUCUUUUUGCUAAAUCCAAUACUUAUACAGAACACGUCCAACUCUAGAAAAAAUUGUCAAAUAAAGAAUAUGGAAAACACAAUUUUAGUAAUCUAAUAACAAUAAAGAAAUAAAAUAUAGCUCAAUGCAGGUCAAAAUUUCCGAAUACUACUUAAUUUAUACAGAGGUCGGUAUAAGUCAGGCAUCAAAUUUGCAUUAAAAGAAAAACAAAUACAGCGUCAAAAUUAAUUUAUUGAAAGAAAUUACGAAAUAGAUUCAAAAAAAGGGUUCAAAUUGAUGCCCAUCUUAAUCAAUGGAUUUAAGGUAAUGUUUUUUAAUGGAAAAGCAGUUCUGGCGAAGCAUAUCAAGCUGUCUACGAAGAGUUUCAAAUUCUUCUUCAAUUAUAAUUCGGAGGUUGGGAAGGAUGAGUGGUUCUCUUGCAAAAACGCGUUUCUAGAAAAUGUCCAAUAGGAAGAAAUCACAGGAUGUCAGGUCACGUGACCGUGAGCCAGAUCUCUUUUCGUGCAAAACGCGGCGCGUCGGCAACAGAGCCUGUUUUCAAGAAUUUCUGGUACGUCGUCUUUCAAACUGUUGAACGAUUCGGUAGCGGCGAAUUAUGAAAACGCGUCUACUCGAAAAGCAUCUGUUAUCAUAAUAAAGGCACUACUGUCUGAAGCACGAACAUGCUUCGUUUUAAUUUUUUCGACAUCUUUGAUAAACUUAUGAGCGUUACCUAACUCAUGCCGACCUCUGUGUAUGUUGCCACGAACUAUCGAAACUGCAAUUAUAUGUACACUGCAUUAAAUUGAACUUUAUCUUAACGUCAUAGAAACGCAGGAAAUAAUCAAAAUGAUAGGAACUAACGAAGUGGCUACUGUUACUUUGUCGUGUAUGUAAAUAUAUUAUACGAACUUCAUUAUACUGCAAACAUAAUUUAUUACAUAUAAAAUUGUUUUUUAAACAUUUGAUCCCCCUACUCCCCACAAUUUUCACUAAAUUGUUGUUAUCGAGAUCGGUAAUUUUUUUCAACUUUUUUAUUUGAGGUUUUAAUAAUGCAAUCAAAUACUUGUUAUACAGAUUCAUUGACUGGCCCCGGGUUCCGAGAUUCUAUCAUUUUUAUGCCUUACGGCGCUCAACCAAAUAGAUUUAUAUGAAAAAAUUAAAAAAAAAUAUUUUGUCCGAUUUGUUGAACCCCUCUAGAUAAUCGGCAGAUUAUUAGUAUAGGACAUAAAAAUGAAUCUUAAUCUAACGAGCUGGAGUAUUUCAAAAUAGCGAAUUCUUUUGCACAUUAUAAUAAUGGCCGCGAGUUCGCAUUACACUUCUGUGGUAAUGAUUAAUGAAUGAGGUUCACUUAAUACCCCAUUAGAAAAUCUGACGCGCUCAAUCCUUUUUUUUUAUUCCAACCCUUAUCUACGACCACCCGCAUCAUGCAAACGAUCAGAUUAACUUAUCAUCUGAACUUUGCAACCCAAUGGGUAUCUGACGCUUAAUUAAAUCCCCAUUAGCAUCGUGGUCCCCUAAUAAGUAUAUAUAUUAGAAAUAGUACACUUUAGUGUAAUUGCCAUAGUCCUGCAACAUCACGUUCAUAAACUAAUAAACUUAACAUUUAUAAAAAUUAAUAUUUUUUAACGUAAAUCAUAAAAGUUUGGUUAUGAACGUUUACAAUUGGUGAAGUCAAGAUACAAAUUAAUUUGAUCGACUAUAUUUAAAUAUGUAUGUAUUCAUUCAGUUGUAAGAAAAUUUCUAUGCUGAAUUUUUCCACUUUUUCAAAUUAAUCGCUAUAAAUCCAGAUGAAUUUCGUGAUUUAGCCACCAGGUAACUUGUUGAAACAUUUUUUUUAGUGUAGAUACCACUUCGAUAUUGUAAAAUUUAUACAUUUUAACGGAGAUCACGUUCAGAUGAUUGUUAGAUUUUAUAGACACAAAUAUGUUCUUGAAAGCUCAAACAUUAGUAUAAUGUAAUGUUAUAAAAAAUCCCGGUAUAUACAAAUAGUUAUUUAUCAUAAGGAUCAUCAUAUUAUUAUUUUUAUAAAUUGUUUGUUAAUUGAAAUUGAAAAAACAAAAAAUUAAUCGACCAAAUUUUAAAGCUAUAUAGUUGUUGUAUAUACCCGGAGUUAAUUUUUUCACGUCAUGGAGGAUGUAAUCGUUAUUUAUACAAGAAAUAUCUCUAUUAAAUUAGUUUAGUUUAAAAUAUUUAAGGCUUUUUAAAGUUUCCUAACGUGCUUGACUGUAAAGUAGUUUUGACUAAAAUUAUAUUUUUUUUAAUUAAAUGUAGGCUAUUCUACAGAAUCAGUUGUUUUUCAUGUAACGAAACUGAAAUUUAUAAUGAACAUGGUGUGUCCUACCAUCACACCAACAUUCACGUUUACACAACCUGUCCGUACUUAGUGAUUUGCCCUCGUAGUUUAUUUAAAUGUAGUCCACUUUUGGUUGCCUAAUAAUCAGUGAUUUUUCAAGAGGUAUAGGAUUUGAUUUUGAAAAAAACACAAAAUAUUUGAAAUGUUCAUUGGAAUCGAUAGAACGAUCAGUAUAAUUUAAUGUUUGAAGAUGAUUUCAUGCAAAUGUUGGCCGGGGUUCCGCUUUAAAUAGCCCCAUGCUCAAGGUCCAAUUUUGGCACAAUCUCUCCAACAUAUCGGCCGGUAUUUCACGAAUAAAUACUUCAAUAUUGGCUUCCAGUGCGUCUAUCGUCUCUAGUUUAUCCCUGUAGACAUUAGCCUCAACAUGGCCCCACAAGAAAUAGUCCAAAAGCGUUAAAUCGCACGAUCGAGGCGGCCAUAUGAAGGGUCUCAAACGUAAGAUGAACUGUUCACUGAAGGCGGGUCUCAAUUUGGCCAUUGUUUCGCGUGCUGUGUGGCAUGUGGCACCGUCUUGUUGAACCACAUGCAAGGCAUGUUCAAUUUUCCUAUUUAAAAAUAAGGUCAUCGUCGCAUUUGAAGAAGUACGGCCCGAUGAUGCCACCGGCGUAUAACCCACACCAAACAGUGACUUUUUCGGGAUGUAUUGGUAGCUCUUGCAAUGCUUCUGACUGGUCUUCACUCCAUGAUGCGGCAAUUUUGCUUGUUGACUUAUCCAUUCAACCAGAAAUGAACUUCGUCACUGAACAAAAUUUUUUGAUAAAAUAGUUUAUCUCCCUCCAACUUUUCCAUCGUCCAUUCACCAAAUGUUAGACGUUAUGGGAGAUUGUAUGGCUUCAAUUCUUGCACCAGUCAUAUCUUAUAAGGUUUAACACCCAAAUCAUUUCGCAAAAUUUUCCAUGCAGUGGAGUAACUUCGCUUCGAACGGCGGCGAAUGGACAUUUCAAGAUCAUGGCGGAUACAGCCGCAAUAUUUUCUUCGGCCCUCAUUGUACGUUUGCCUGUUACUGGUUUAAUGCCUAAUAGUAUAAACUGGGUUCGAUAUUUAGUCACAAGCUUUCGAACAGUUCCCUCAGUUGACCGACCAAAUUGCUUAUAAAUUGGAAAAGUGCGCAAUGCACUCUCUUAACCGAACAUGAAUUUUCAUAAGCCGAUUCAUGAUUAAAUUAUUGACCAAACUGAACAAGUUUGACAAUGACACAAGACACGAUUCACGCGUGAUUUGUCAAAAACAGUGUUGCCAAAAAGAUACCGGUAAAAAAGUCACUCUUUAGUAGGCAAAGUAUGAUUGCAAUGCUACUCAUGAAUCUCUGAAGACACUCGCGAGAUGGCAGGAGGGAAGAAUGCAUCGAGAUCGAACACGCAUGUGAAGCGACAUUGUUUUUUUUUCUUGAUACAUAACCUUAUUUUUUUGUUAUAUACAAAUCACGUUCAAUUAAAUAAAGUAUUUUUAAUUUUCUCGAACAAAAUAAAGGGCGAAUUACUACAACCUGUUUCGUUCUUUGAGCUGUAUACGAACCAGAUUCCCCCAGAGAGUUCAAAAUACCUAACCGUGUUAUUGUGAGUGUUGAUGUGUAGUAGUGUUCAGUAUGAAUAUCACCAUUAACAAAUUUCAAUCAGAUUUCACUAUUAAUUAACAAUUCAGAUUUUUAAUUGACUGUUUAAAAGGUCUCGGUAUAUGCAUACAAUGUCAUUUCUAUCAGAAUAUAUGACAAAAACAAAAGUUAAUUGCGUUUUGUAUUCAAUAGAGAAAAAUAAAAGACAAACAUUAUCUCGUUAUAUGACAUGAAAUAACUCUGUAUAAGGUGAUUCUAAAUUCAUGCGACAAAUUCCAAUUGAUUGCCUGUAUAUUGUUAUGGGUCUUUUCUAUAACAAAAUUUCCUUAGACUACUUUGGAUAUAUCACCUCUAAAAGCUAUUUCGGAUGAAAUUCAGUUUUAUUUUUAUUUUUAAGCGAAGAUUCACUUCUUCCAUUCUUAACACAUAAUUCAUUAGUCAAUGAAAAUAUCAUGAUUUUGAAAGUAUUUUCUUUUCCUUCAAUUAUUGAUUCUAGAAAAAACCUGAGAUUAAGAAAUUUUUUUAAAUAAACUGACAUUUUAAGUAAUUUCCUUAUUUAAUACCAUUAAAUAAAAAAAAUUGAUAACAAAUAUGCAGAGGGUUUUUAUUUUUACCACCUCAUAAAUAUAAUUUAAUAAAAAACGGUGGUUACAUCUUCUUAAUUACAAUAUUUACUUUACUCACCACAUCCUAGGGCUUGUAAUACAUAUUCGGGCUAACCAAUGAUGGUUGACCACAUUCUUUGUAUUAAAAUAUUAAAACUACUUUGGAAUGAACUAUUUAUUAAAUAAUAAAAUAAUUACUUAAAUUCGACGAAUGACAGACUAUUAAAGACUUGAGUCUGUUUACAGACCGCUUUCAAAUACUUAUAUCCAGUUGUACAAAUAAUUAUAUGUAUGGCCGUUAGAGUCACAUAAAUAUAUAAUAAAGUACGUAAUUUGAUACGUAAAUUGAACUUCAAGUAUCUAAAGAACACUUGGAAUCAAUUAACUAUGAUGUGGGUCCCUAUUAGGAUCGUAUACCAUAAAUGAAUAGAAUAAUCUUCAAGUUGGGUAGCUAAAUUUAUGAUUUUUCAUAGUCACAUUAAUAUAAGACAAAUUUGGUAAUCCGAGAGGCACAAGGUAAAAUAAACAACGUUUUGUACCACCCAACCAUAUGAUUAACAGAUCCUAAUGGUUUCCAUCAGGUGAGUCAAUGGACAUAAACAAAACAGAGCUGAUAUCUCCGAAGAGGAUGAUCCAAGGAAAUUUUGUAUAAGAUCAUUAUUUCAUAAGGGUAAUCUCUUGAAUUUGGAAACACCUCAUCAAUUAUUCUGGAGGAUUCUUCUAUUAGUGAUAACUGCCAUAAACUAGUGUUUGUACUUUUGGUGUAUUUACCUACAUAUUAUACAUCAUUUUACUCUAGACUAAUUUGAGACAAAUCUGUGACACUCAAAUAGUUUUGUAAGAAAAUUUCAAAUAACUAAUGUUCAUUUAUUUAUUUCCCUACCUAUGUGAAAUUAAAAUGGUUUAAUAAAUAAACCAAACCGUUUGACUACUGCAACUGUUGUUAAAAAAUAAUUUGGUUUAAAAUGUAUACAAUAGUUUAUGGUCGCCUUUAUUGCUGAUAAUUUUCAAGAAUUGUACAUAAGUACGAUUUUGUAGAAUAGUCUUAUAAGUAAACAAAAAAUAUUUAGUGUAGUGUCAUCAAUAUUGUUGAAAACUUAUUCACAUUUUCGAAAUGAUUAGAAUUUAAUUCUAUGGAAAAAUGUUUGUAGGGUAAAUUAUAACACAAAAUCCGUCCUCUACAUAACAUAAAAUUAAUAAGUAAGAGGAUUAUAAAAUCGGAAGUUAUUUGUUAAUAUUCUUAUAAAAAUUUUAGUACACAAUAUUGUUUUACCAUUAAACUGAAGUAGAUAGUAGUUAGAUGUUCAAUUGUAUUGUAUAACAUCAGUAAGAUUGCCAAUCGGUUAAUUCAUUUGUAUUUUUUUUUCAUAUAAAGUAUAUUCUCUACAAAGACAGUUAUAUACAAGACUAAAACUAAUAGUUGUAAUGAAGUUCAGAGCAUUAGCCCACAACUGAAAGCUCUUCACAACCAGGGCCAGUGAUCCUCUCAUAAGAGAGCGAUCACCAAAGGGAGUGGUUUGAUUGGUAGCGAUAUGGAUUCUCAUGUACCACUCCGCUCGUAAAUUUAUAACACGCGAGACUACUUACGAUAACACCGGUAUAUUAGCAUAUUUUGUCAAAAUAGUUUUUUGUUCUGUACUUGUACUUUCAAUUAAAUGCAAAGAAUUAUUUUCCAGUCUAAAACCAUUUUUUAAUAGACGCAGUAUAAGCUUGGGGGAAUUUUAUUAAUGCAUCGAUUAUUUCAGCAUAUAUGAGGUGCCUAGAAUAAAAAUCCGCAAAUACAUCUCAAGAAAUUUUCGAUAAAGUGGGAAAACAGUGUAACAAACAGACCAAUUAUAGGAAAUUAUUAAUUUUUUUUACGAAAAAAUCAAUAAUUGUUACUUUAUAACGGAGACAAAGUGUGAUCUAGAUCCCCAAAAUAGUUUAUGACUUGUAGAUUCUUACUUUAAUUGACAGAUGCUUAUUUCGCUAAAUGAUCUCUCUUCGAAAAACCGAUUGUGUAAUUUCCCUUUUCACUUGGUCGAUUUUAUAGUUGCCACUACUUGUGUUAGGAUUCUGCUACUGGUAAUGUUGACUCCGAGGUAAUUGAAGCACAUAACCUGGUUAUUUAUACCACCAAUUUGCAAUGCUUUUGUGGCUUUUUUUAAAUAGUACUUCAUUCACCACCAUGAUUCAGCCAGGCAAAAGUUUAGAGUCACAUGAUUUAUUAAUUUUUGAUGAAAAUGCUGAUUCAGAUAUACCAUUAUUUUCUUGAUGAGGAUUAAACAUAUCUUACCCUUCACAUCUAAUAAUACAGUACACUUAAACUCUCUUCUGCAAUAUUUCUAUGUAAUUAUCGACGAUAAUUUUAAGUACUAAAUCACUAACAUCCUUGGAGCAGUUACAUAGUUGAGAAAUUGGCAAAAGGUCUAACGUCAAACCGACUAUGCAUGAUUCUAUAUUCCUUUGGCUGCUUUUAAUGACUCAAAAAUAAUGAGUAACUUUUACAAUGCUUUUAUGAUUCGAAAAUGGUUUAGAAUAGAUGAAUUAGGGCGAAAGGUCAUGAAUGUACUUUGCUAACACUUUGACCUAUUGUGUACCCCAGACUGUCCACCAGUCAUUUAGCAAUAACUUUGCUAAGUGUGUUACCUGCCUGGUGGCUAAGCGGCUUACCUCUUCUGGCUUUAAAAAACUCGAAUGUAAGUACCGUAGUGUUUAUGGAUUGCCUCGCACUCGCAAAGGAUGUAUUCGGCGGUUUUCUUUGGUUCUUUACGGAAGCAACAUAAGCUAUCGGGAGUUUCUCCGAUGUUCUUCAGAUGAUAAUUCACCGGACAGUAUCUCAUACUACUAACUCUCCUUAGCUCAUCAAUGUUCAAUGAAACGGCCUUUUGAGACCAAUUAGUGGAAUAGAAAAGAAUUGUUUUCGACUAUUUCAGACUUGGGGUCUCAUUCCAUAUUUCUGAUUUCUACUAGUUUUCUCACUUUUUUAUGACUUAUACCAGAUGGCUUCUUGGGAAACCUAUGGAAGCUUGUGGUCAUAUGAGAGGAAUUGUGUAAUCCAGUAAGAGUAACUUUAUUGUUUGCUCAUAUUCAGUUCAAAGAAUCUAAGCAGUUCUAUACUAACUCUGAUUCAAUUUUAUAAGAGUUUAGGCUUGUAGGGCUGCUCUGCUGAUAGGAUGAAUAUCUUUGCAUUGCAGCAGGUACGUUUUGAGCAAAGAGCAUAUGUUUCCACCUGGUACUAAGAAUGUUCUGAGCCCCUUGAAAUAGCGAACUUGGUUCCUGUGUCUUCUACUUGUCCAUUUUACAUCAGUGUAGAAUAGCCUCUGCAUUUUUUCCAUUGCUGUCUACUUAUUAUAAUUUUAUAGUUUUUGGUAAAGCACAUUUUGGUAGACAUGGUCUCCGUGAUCAUUAGAAAUGAUUUCUAUUCUUUUCAAGACAACGAUAUCGAUUAAUAAUUCCCAAUAGAAACGGACAAUAAUGUUUCUAUUCUCUUGAGAAUGCAUGAAUUGAUAAAAAUUGUAUUUUCAAUUAAGUUUUGAAGAAAGUGAAUCGAAAAUCCUCACAGGUUGAUAUUAGUUCUAAUAGAUGUUGGGGUAGGAGUAGAAAUCCAUGAAACGAUCUGAGCUAAUAUCUAAUUUAUGUGAUCUUUUGUAUAACUGUCUACGAUUGGUUCAAUCUUUAAGCCUCCAACAAACACAUUCAUGUUGUCAGUAUAAAAGAUCAGCAUCAGCAUUUUUGUUGAUGCUGAUAUUCACAACAACUCUAAUUCGAAUUUAUUUUUGAAAAAUAAGUAUAAUUCAGUUGAUAUACAAUUGAAUAUACAUGGCACAGUUUAAAACGAAUGGGUACAUACCACUGGUAAUACAAAAUAAAUGUUUGUAUCCCGUUUGCACAUUUUUUGAAUCUAUGUACAUACGGUUUCAAAUGUAACUAUGAAGAAUUGGGAUUUAUCAUUAUUCAAGAAUCUCUUAUUUGUAAGGUGUUUGUAUAGAUUUUAAUACUUCGGAAUGUUCUUUUACUUGUAGGAUGUUGAAUUUUUACCACUUUUGUAAUGGCUGAAUCUGUCUUUAACGAAAGCUAUAAGAAAACAAAAUUUUUAUUUACUUCUCUCAAUCUGUCUCAAAUACUUAUGUUAUAAACAGAUUUAGUUUAUAUCUCUCUGAUUAAUGAAACAGAUUUGUUUAAAAUGAAAUUUCAAAGCAAUAAAAAUCAUUGAAAAGAAACGAAAAUAUACCAAUAAUGAAAUAGUGAUUUGAUACAAUAGAUUGGUACCAGUCACCCAGAAGGUACUAAAUAAGGUGGAUACUUUGAAUAAACAUUUUGAGAAAACUUCUCAAUUGGAUAGAAUUGAACAAGGUACGAUUCAUCGAGGUUAUAAGCCUCUUAGAUGUUAUGUGGCUUCAAAAAAAAACAUAUGUUGAAUAAUUCUACCAUUAACAUUUAUUAUUUCAAUAUAACAACAUACUCAAAUGUGAAAAAAAUAUUCAAAACAUCUGAGGCUGGUAGUUGAAAGUAAAUAUGGCUUGGUUACUGACUACUUGUAUACUUAUAAGAACCACAUAGCAUCCAUGCUGUGUCACCUUCUAUACAAAAUAGACUCUUAACUUUUUGUUGCUGUGCUGAUGACAUCUAUGGUAUCAAACCAAGAUCCAUAGAUUAAGAAUUUCUCCUCGUAAAUAUGUGCCGUCCAAGAUGUGUAUGUAUUGGAAGUAAAAAGUUUUUGGAGGUACUUCCGAUUAAAUAUUCAUCACAGCUCACUACGAAUUUGAGUUCUUUUAGCAGUUCAGUAGCUCCAAGCUUGGUGAUGUCCUCGACAAUUUCAUUUCCCUGAGCCCCCUAUGUCUAAAGAUCCAGAGCUUCUCUACCGUCUUUUGGCAAUUACAUUAAGUACCUAGUAACAUUCCAGAAUCAGCUUUGAAUCGGUGGUUAUGUUUUGAAGAGCAGAAGUAGCGAUGCACUUUCUGCGCAGAUGUGUACACUAAUGUGGCUAUUAUCUUGUACAGCAUACAGAGACCUCUGUAUGCUGUCGAUUCGGGCUACAAAACAGAGGCGUACCUUCCUAGGAGAAAAACUAAUUUUUAUGAAAGUUGGAUACUUUCCUCACCUAUACUUCUUUAGAUAUGUAGAUGAACAUAAAGACAUAGAAGCUUAGGCAAGAGUUGUAUCAUUCUCACAUGUUACAUAGGUUGAACAAGAUAUUGAAUAUAAGGAGGAAUAUUUUUGUUUCUACUCGGAGAAAUGGAUACUGUGAUUUAAUCAGUGUUAUAUAUACAACAUCAAUAAGUGUCAUUUUAAUUUUUGAACUUUCGUGUCAUUAUUUUCAAACACAUAAUUUUUGGUGCUUAUACAAUGUAAGAGAGGCGAAUCUAUUUCGUCUCUUUUUCAAAGCUUUAAUUAUAGUACUAACGCACUUUUAAGCACAUGUAAAAUUUAAGCACACAGCUGUGAUUUUGAUUGUGAGAUAUACAAAACCUUUUUUCUUACGAGCUUGAAAUAGAAUUACGAAAUCUAGAUUUACAAUCAUGUAUUGAAAAAAAACUACAAUCCUUUAUCCUAUUUCAUUAUUCAAAUGUAUUUAAAUUGUAAUAAUUGAUAAUAGUUUGUAAUAAACUACAUUUGCAGAUUGAGACAAUAUAUUUUAUACACUUAUCAAUUUUGUUUUGAAAUAGUUUAUCUUUGUCAUGACUACGUUCAUAGUUGUGGGCGGUCGGGAGCCGUUGAGCACAUAGGCCCGUCGUGCCACACUUAACGUUACCAAAGGCCGUUGUCUCUUGAGAAGCCGGCAGCUCUCUUAAGUCGGAGGGGACAAAUAAUUUUUUUUACUAAAUAGUUUCGUUCGAAAUUCAUAUUUUUAUAAAUUAUUAUCAAAAUUUUAUCCUCAACCCAGCUUUUAAGGUACUCAAUUAUGAGUUUUUAUUAUUAUUCUACUUAAUCUCAGUCAGUUAUCGUUUAUUCGGUCAAAAAAUAGGUUUGUCGAUCGUUUUAUUCUUAAUAAUUAAUUUUUCAAUUCUCUAGCACUUUUACUUAUGAUUUUCAUGUAAUUUCAUUUACUAAAUCUGAAUUUUGAGUUUAUUUGGCUUAUACGCUUUCGAAAGUCUGUGUCAAUAGCAGAAAAUCCCUGAAAAUUACUAGAAAUUGAAGUUGUUAUGAUGAAAAUUUUUUUUAAAUCUAAACAAAAUGUUUUUUUCAUGUUAUAUGUUCUAUGCAGUAUAAAUAUAACCAAAGUUCAUUUUUUUUCUAGACAAAAAUGCCGAACAAAAUUCGAAUAAACCGCGUAUUCUUGUAUAAGCGCUCAUGCGUAGAAAUGAUAAUUGGAACAUGAUUUAUGCUAGAGAAUUGAAAAAUUAAUUAUUAAGAAUAAAACGAUCGAACAAACGUAUUUUUUGACCGAACAAACUAUAACUGACUGAGUAGAAUAAUAAAAAAAACUCAAUUGAUUACCUUAAGAAUUGAAGUUUUGAUAAUUUAUAAAAAAAUGAAUUUCGAACAAACAUUAAAUUUGAUCGAAGAAUCAAGAACAAACAUCAAAUUUGAUCGAACAAUCAAGAAAAAACGAUUUAGUAAAAAGAAAGUAAUAAAAAAUUAUUUGUCCCGGCCAACUUAAGAGAGCUGAAGCCGACCAGCCGCUUGGGCUGAACCCUUUCAUGUCAUUAGGCAAAUUGUGAGGUUAGGUUAGGCUAUGUAAAGGGCUCAUACACCAACCGCACUCUGAUUCGUCCGUAAUGCCCAUGGUCUGGAGAUGGCAGUGUCUGGUCACUAGUCGGAUUUCGCGCCAGUUUAGUUGGAGCAGUUGUUUGGUGGGAGAAGCACGGGAUCUAUCUAAUCUUCGCCAGACGCCUCCAUACAUCUCUGCCAUGCCCGCCACACCAAGUAUGAGUCCGCUCCAUAGUUGCCUACACGAGCUGGAUCUUGCAACCAUCACAAACCAGAUGCAGUAGGACAUGCACUAGCAUAGACUACACAUUUUCAGCCGUUAUAGCUUUUAUGACAGUCUUCUGUCUUAGCAGAUUGAGAUUGCUGUGUUCCUGUGGCGCUGAUUUAGUAUCGUUGCAUUGAAAUUUAUAACUAGCAAGCCAUUACAGUGAGAAAACAAAUACUUGUUGAUUUCCAUCUAAAUAACAUUACUUACAACUGCAUUAUUGAAGCUGGAGGCUAUUUUUAGAAGUUUAAAUGUCAUGGGGAUGUGAUUGUGGUUGCCAACAAGCUAUAAAAAAUAUAGCAUACUUCUAACAAAUAUAGUAUUUAUCGGAGAAAUAGUCUAAGAUAUAUUUCUUGAUUAUUUAGUAUUUUAAAAACUAUAUUUUGUUGUACUCGCAUUUUUAACAAUAUUUGUCUAAAAUAAAAGUGUCAUAUGUUCAAUUUCAUUUAAUUUUAGGAUUAAUAUAAAUUAAAAGCUCAUUGGUUAUUAAAGACAUACUUUAGUUUCUUUCUUCUCGCCAUUUUGAAUUUAUAAAUGAAAAUAUCCUUUAUGUGAAUGAUGUAGGGGUGGGAAUAA